AUGGCGUUAAUUAAAGUAUAUCGUAAAAAAAAUAUUAAAUUACCUCCUGUGGCUAAGGAUGCCAAAUCCCUCUACAUGGAGAAUAAAACAGUUCAAUUCGUAUUUGAUAGACAUAUGAGCAACAGUCAGAUUGCAACGGGUGACUUAGAAAGUAAUAGGGUUCUUUCUCUUUGA